CCGGUGACCACCCGUCCCCGCCCAUGCCGCAGGCGUGCCUGCUUCUCCUGCGGCUGAUGAUGAACUCGUUAAAACCGGGUCUUUGCUCCCAGAACUCUGAAGGGGGUUCCCCUUCCCCUUUGGAAGUUGAGGGCCGGGCCUCCAAGCUGGAUGGAACCUGAGAGACACAAGCUCGGGGUUCCUGCCCGUCUGUCCUGCCCCCAUUUCUCUCCGGAGGCCUUUGGGGCAAGCCGGGGAUUUGGUAGGAGGAGUGGCCCAGUACAGCCCUGCAUACUUUUGUACUUGAAGGUACUGGGCGCCUUCGUCUGCCCGGGCAAUGCGUGGAGAGCUGUUGCGGGGAGGAGGGCCAGCAGCACUCUGGCUUCCCAGAGGGGCGGCUUCCCAGAGGGGCGGCCUUGCCCACCACGGGCUGGCUCCCCUGGGGGGGGGGAGGGGCGGGGCCGCGGUUUCAAAGGGGGCACAGUCCUCAACUGCUCAGCGCAGGGAGGGGCAGGGCCCGCAGUCAGAGUAGUUCAGGCCUUGUCGCCCACCUGAGAAGCGGCAGAGGCGCUCAGCCUGCCACACGCCAGUGUGGUGUGGGCAGCGUUGGGCUUCGGAGCAUUAAUGUGUCCCAUCUGUCAGCCGCUUGGCACAAAGUGUGCGGCGCCGAAGCUGGAAGAUGCCAGUCCUCCGUGUACUUCCUCUCCCCCCGGGGCGGAUCCACUGUGCUGUGGGCUGCCAGGGCUGACAGAUGAAGAGAUUGAUUUGGCUUUCCAGCAGUCAGGCACGGCUGCCGAUGAGCCUCCGUCCUUGGGCCCGGCCACACAGGUGGUUCCUGUCCAGCCCCCUCACCUCAUUUCUCAGCCGUACAGCCCCGUCGGGUCCCGAUGGAGAGACUACGGUGCCUUGGCUGUCAUCACGGCAGGCAUCGCGUUCGGCUUUCACCAGCUCUACAAGAGAUACCUGCUCCCUCUCAUCAUGGGUGGCCGAGAGGACAGGAAGCACCUGGAAAGGAUGGAGGCAAGUCUCUCGGAGCUGAGUGGCAGCGUGGCACAGACAGUGACUCAGUUACAGAUGACUUUAGCGUCCGUCCAGGAGCUGCUGAUUCAGCAGCAGCAGAAGGUCCAGGAGCUCGCCCAUGAACUGGCUGCAGCCAAGGCCACCACAUCUACCAACUGGAUCCUGGAGUCUCAGAAUAUCAAUGAGCUCAAGUCGGAAAUUAACUCGUUGAAAGGGCUGCUUUUAAAUCGGAGGCAGUUCCCGCCGUCGCCCUCAGCUCCGAAGAUCCCGUCUUGGCAGAUCCCGGUCAAGACCCCGUCACCCUCCAGCCCCGCGGCUGCCAACCACCACAGCAGCAGUGACAUCUCGCCCGUCAGCAACGAGUCCACGUCGUCCUCGCCCGUGAAGGAGGGCCACAGCCCCGAGGGCUCCACGGCCACCUACCACCUGCUGGGCGCCCAGGAGGAGGGCCAGGGCGUGGUGGACGUCAAGGGCCAGGUGCGGAUGGAGGUGCAGGGCGAGGAGGAGGAGAGGGAGGACGAGGAGGACGAGGAGGACGAGGACGCGAGCCGCGUGGACGAGGAGCACUGCCUCGGGGUGCAGAGGGAGGACCGCCGGGGCGGGGACGGGCAGAUCAACGAGCAGGUGGAGAAGCUGCGCCGGCCGGAGGGCGCCAGCAACGAGAACGAGCGGGACUAGGCCCCGGGCUGGUCCCCCGCCAGAGGGACGCCGGGGCCUGGCUCCUUCUCUGGCUCUGGGAGGGCGGCCUCGACCCGUGUCCGGGCACCGCCGUUGCAGCCUCCGUGGGGCCCGAGCCCUGUGCGUGGGGUCGCAUUUCCGUGCGGCCAGCUGCCCCUCACCCGAAUGCCAGCCCCAGCCCGCCACUUCCUCGGCUCGGCCCCGGCCCCACGGGCCUGUGACCUCGGCUCAUGCCCGGCGGGGGCUGCCGAGUGCUCUGGGCUCCGCCGCCCUGCGCCCCGGCUCCCAGACGGAGGUCUCGGCCACGGCGGAUCUGCGGGCCUCUCAGCUGACCGAACCCGUGCAUGACCAGAGGUAGCUGAGUUACCGGGCUCCGGGUCCCCGUGGGGGCAGGGCUGCCCUGGGGUGUCUGCUGUCCUGCCGCGGCUCCUUGAUCUGCCUCACGAGGGGCAGGGGGCCGUCCUGUCACGUCUCCGGAAGCCACAGCCCCGUGCUCUUCUCUCUCGGCUGGGCCCCCCCCGCCGGGGCCCCCCACAGCCAGGUCUCGUCCAGGUGAUGCUGCCCCACGCACUGCCCCGGCUCCCCCGUGCCCCGUCAUCCUUCCAGACGAAUGAAAUCAUUCUGCACUUCCGCCGUCCUCGCUUGCUGCGUCGUGGCCCAGCUGACCCCGUGGCGGGACGUGCUUUGCUCUUCCACGUAGGAGCCGGGCGCCAGGGCCUCCCUGUCUGCCCUUCCCACCCAGAAACACAUGUUCAUUUGUGUGAUCAGGUAGAGGUUUCAGAAUACAAGAUGCUACUGUAUAUAAUUGUAAUAAAUACGAGUUGUCACUAUUUAA